CUAACCAAGAUUUCAUUGGGUCUUUGGUCAUCCGCAAGCCCAGAAAUGCGAUAAGGUGAUAAGCCCACUUGGCACUCACCAAACGCUACUUCCCCUUCCUCCUCAGACACGGAUACCCUCUCCGUUCUCUCCCACCGGCAAAUUAAACCAUCCAUGGCUUCUCCCUCUCUGCUAACUCCAACACCCAAACCAACACCACGCCUCCCACUCGUCAGAUCGAAACUCACCUCUCAUCCCACCCGGUCCAAUGUCACACCAACACCUUUUUUUCCACAACGCACCCGCCGGGAGCUUUUGCCGCUCGCCGUCGCCAGCGUACUCGCUCAAGCAUGUUUGCUCCCCCCGGCGACGCCCGCGUUUGCAGCUUCCGAUGAGGAGUACGCAAAGGAGACAGGAGAAGUGAUAAACAAGGUGAGAACAACCAUUAGCAUGGACAAGAAUGAUCCCAAUGUGGCAGCUGCAGUAGCGGAGCUAAGAGAGACAUCCAACUUCUGGGUUGCUAAGUACAGGAGAGAGAAAUCUCUACUAGGGCGAGCUUCCUUCCGGGAUAUUUAUUCGGCGCUCAACGCCGUGUCCGGCCAUUACAUUAGUUUUGGCCCGACCGCUCCGAUCCCAGCGAAACGCAAGGCGAGAAUCUUGGAAGAGGUGGAGACGGCGGAGAAGGCUCUACAGAGAGGAAGAUAGAAGAGCUCUCCACUAAUAAUUAAUAUAUAUGAUGAGAAGCCUUUUUUUUUUUUUUUUUGGGAUUCGUUUAAAGUGUUAGAUUUAACUUUUGUUGAGUACCAGAUUACAGAAUGAGGUUUACUUUGUGUAUUCUGACUUGAGAAACCAGCUAUUUUGCUGA